AUACAUAUUUUGUACUUUCAGGUUUCCAUUGUAUUACGAUAACUUCAUGUAAACGUAUUCUUGUAAAUACUACAAAUUAUUAAUGCACUUUAAUAUAUUUUAUGAUAUUAAUAGAAAGUUUUAAAAAAAAUAAAACAUAAGUGUCGAGUGUUUGGGUUAUUUCUGAUUUAUACUCUCAAAAAACCAAUAAUGACAACGCCAAUACAGUUUGAUUCAAAUACUAUGAGAGUUAUUUUGGCUGAAAUUCUGGAAUCUCUGACAACUUGUGAAAAUGCAUUGAAUUUAGAAGAUGCUAAAAGUAAGGCUGGUAACGAUAUGCUAAAAGUAAUGCAGUAUGUAUAUCCAAUAGUUAUUAGUACUCAAAUGGACGUAAUAAAAAAAUAUGGGCUUCCUGAAGGACGAGAAGGAAUUAUAAAAUUUACCAGAAGUGUAGUUGCAUUUGAAAAAGAUGAUAGAGUAGUAGCUGAUCUUCACCGCCAGAUACGAUCUUUUUAUUUGCCACCAGUCAAUGUUUCAAGUGCUGUAACCUCACAUGUGUAGAUUUAAUUAUUUAAUUCAUAAGAAACACUAGUAAUACUAAGUUGAAGUUAAAAUAAUUUUUUAAAUAUGUUAUAAGAAAUUACUUAAGAAUAUAUCAUAAUUUAAUUUUUCUUCAUUAUUGAUAACCUAAAUUUGUAUUUAAUCAAUUUUUAAUUUUUUACAAUUUAUAAAUAAAGUAUUGAAAUCGACUAAUAAAUUAAUAGACAUGACAAUUAAAUCAUUUUUUAUUUUUGUUACAGCCUUUUAGAUCAAAUAAUCUGAUUCCUUUCAUUAUAGUUUUGUUAUUAGUUUAUUAUUUUUUGAAUUUCUUUUAAACAUUUCAUUCAAUAAGUUAUAUUAUACUUACUUUACAUUUAAAAGUUAUUGUAAUGGUUUUAGUUUCAAAUAUUUGAAAUGAAAGCUGAGUUUAUUAUUAGCAAAACUAAAAUGGAUAAUGUAUGUUUACAUAGUAAUUAACAAUUAUAGAUAAGAAUUUAUUUUUUUAUUAAUUUCUUAUAAACAUAUUAUUCUAUAUGUUAUAGAAUAAAUAAUGAAUAUUUAAAGCUUAUUGUAUUAGUUUUAGUUUCAAAUGGUUGAAAUGAAUACAGAGAUUUUUAUUAGCAAAAUUCAAAGGAUAAUGUAUGUAAACUUACAUAUUAAUAAAAAUAAAUAAAAGUUCAUUUUUACAUUCCUCUUUAUAUUUCAUUUUAUAAGUGAAAUUUUACUUAUUCUGUAUUUAAAGUUCAUAACAACGGUUUUAGUUUCAAAUGUUUGAAAUGAAAGCUGAGUUUUUUAUUACAUUUCAAUUAGGUUUUAAUAAUUAUCUUGGUAAUAACUAAUGUAACUAUAUUUCUUGGUUAUUAAAACCGUAAUGCAUAAACCAAACUCAUAUAUAGUAACUUCACCUAUGGUGUAUGGCUGUCACCAUAAAAUUUAUAAAUAUAUAUCAAAAUUUGAGAGAAAAAUAACCAUUUAUAUAGUUAUUUUAAUCACAUUUUUUUCGGAUUAGUGUCAUCUAUUCAUCUAUAAUUUAAUGUGAGAGCCAAGAGAUGCCUUAUAUAUGGUGUGAGAUUAUAACAAUUGUUAGUUAUGUCUUAAUUAUACAUAUAUAUCACCAUUUUGUACAUGAUAUAGGUUAGAUUAAAAUAUUGUAAAUAUUAUAAUAACUAAUUCCUAAAAACUCAUUAUUUAAAAAAUUAUUAACAUUUUUUAAGUUGUGGAUAUUUAAAUAUCUAUUUAAUAUUAACAAACUAUAAAGUUAUUUGUAAUAACAAUUUUUAAUAAAGUUGGAUGUUUUAGUUUUUAUUAUUA